AUGAAGAUAACUGACCUGCAGAACGAAAUCAACCAUCUCCUGUUUCUCUACUUCACGUCAAUAGGAGUCAUCCAGAGGGAUGCUGGAUCGAGUGAUGUCCACGACAAGAUGGAGGAGCUGAAAAGAGAGAUCGACGACUGUAGAAAAAGAAUUACCAGGCUUAUGGAUUCUGAGGAGGCGGAUGCUGAGCUAUGCAGCGACUACAGGGAAGUUAUUGCUGAGGGCAAGGAGUUUGUGAAAGACGGAUUGAGCUUUCUUGACAGGCUCCUUCAGAAGGAUCGCAGCUCUGGCAACCAUUAA